AUGGACGACCACGCAUCGCUAGAAAUGUCGGCAGCAUACGACUUUCUACUCAAGUUCAUCAUCAUUGGCGAGGCUGGCACAGGCAAGUCAUGCCUCCUACAUCACUUCAUCCACAAUCAGUUCAAGGAACAGUCCGCCCAUACAAUCGGAGUCGAAUUCUCCAGUCGACUCAUCAAGAUCGGCAACAAGAGUGUGAAGCUUCAACUCUGGGACACGGCGGGUCAGGAACGAUUCCGCUCCGUCACACGGAGCUAUUACCGCGGCGCUGCAGGCGCACUGCUCGUAUACGAUAUUACCAAACGAUCCACCUUUGAGCCGCUCUCGCGCUGGCUCACAGAUGCACGCGCGUUAGCAUCACCGGAUCUCGUGGUCGUGCUAGUGGGAAACAAGACGGAUCGCGGCGAUGAUGAGCGUGAAGUGGGGUAUUUGGAAGCGAGCAAAUGGGCCAACGAAAAUGGCGUUUUGUUUCUCGAGACUUCGAGCAUCACGGGCGAAAACGUCGAGGCGCCUUUUGCCUUGGCUGCUAGGAGCAUCUUAUUGGCCAUCGAAUCGGGCAAGCUAGAUCCCGAGAAAACUGGAUCCGGUGUUUCAUACGGGGACAGGGCGCUGAGGCGCGUAGGCAGUGGGAGCCGCUUUAGCUUUGCAGAUAUGGAUCCAAGCAACAUUCGGCCACAGAGACGGGGCGGCGCCGCCAUCAAGAUCAAAGAGGCACUUAAUGGCAAGAUGGGCGGCUGUUGUUAA